AUGAGUAGAAUGAGGAAACGUAACAUAAAAACGGAAGAUCCCGAGCCCUCCACGUCCACUCGAAUACAACAAGAACACGACUUGGCGUAUUAUAUUCACGAUAGAGUGGAACUGAUGCAUCAGAUUUUCAGCGUCUUAAAACCGAAAGAAUUAAAGGCAAUGGCUCCGGAUUGUGUCAGAAACGUAUCUAUUGACGAUUUACAGGAGCUCUGCACUGAGGAGCUUUUAGGAAUCAGUUCGAAACGCCUAUUAGCCAUCUUGGAUGGAGCAGAGCCUCCAUCCGACACGGAGUCCUCCAGCAGGUCUCCAUCACCACAGCUUGAGACCAUAUCUCUGGACAGCAUAUCUUCCGAUGAGGAGAUACUGAAUGAAGAUCAACAUAAGAAAAAAAAGCACAAACAUCAUAGAAAGAAUUCAAAAUUGAGGUUGAAAGAUAGAAAGAAACAUAAAGGUAAGAAGAGUGAGGAUGUGGAGCAGUCUGCAGCCUCUAGAGCGGGACUCACUGUGUUGGAGCUGCUGGAGUUACAGGCGCGAGCCAGGGCUAUCCGGGCGCAGCUGCAGCAAGAACGGGAGACAAUGGAACAUGUGGAAACAUCUCAAACGGUGUGCAACUCAUCAGACAACGAAGUGGAAAUCAAAGAGGAGCCUCCAGAAGUGUUAGUCAUCAGUAGCGAGGAUGAGAAGCCGGAUAUCCAAGAGUUACAGAAACAUCCAGAACUCGCAAAGAACACUCCAGAAGAAGCAGUCGAGGCGAUAGGCGAAUCGCCCGCGCCCCAGGAGUCAGCAGUAGUCACGAAGCGAUGCAACGACCUCAUUAUAAAAGUACCCCAGAAGACGCACACGAGAAAAAUCAAAUUAAAACGAAACAAAAUUACGGCUUCUGUUCAGAGCGAAAGUGUUGCCAGUACAGCGAGCACAAGUGUUGCCACAACCGAGAAACGGAAGAAGAAAAAGAAGAAACGCGACAAGCAAACGUAUAACAUUGACAAUGAUGAAAUUACAUUGCAACUGUCGGAUUCAGAGAAGAUGGACUUGUUACAGGACCUAGAGAAGAAACACGGCGUUGCCAGUGAAACCGAUAGUGACAGUUCGGAGGAUAUGACCAAAGAAGCCAACAACGGCACGGCAUUACAAAAUGAUAAAGUUACUGAGGACGCUUUAGUAAAUACAAGUGAGUGUGUCGUGAAUGCAGACACAGAAUCUUCUGACAAGGGAGAAGGAUCAAUAGAAGACGGUGAGAUCGUCACUGACAAUUGUAAGGAUGAUACAGAAAUUUGUGAAUCGGUAGAAAAUGUUGCUGGUGACAGAGUAAUAGAAGUUAACGAUUUACCUGUGACCCAAAAUAAUCCUGAGAUUGUGGAUUUGAAUCAACAACAUUCAGAACGUACCCAGCUCAAUGAGAAACCCAACCUAGUUUACGGGAGCCCUGAGAAAACAGACUCAUUAUCCACUAAUACUGAAGUUGUUAAACAAACACAAGAUUCUGAAAAAAUUAUAGAGGAAACUGUCUGUAUAUCAGACGAUGAAAGCACAAACGAUGUAAUACAAAUUAUAGAUGAAGUAGAACUGUCUGAUGAUUCUUGCAGUGAAGUCAGCUUGCUGUCAAAGGAGCCGACAGCCCAGGAAAUAGCUGCUUUGUCUGCUAGAAUAGAUGAAAUGGAUCAAAACGAUGUGGACGAUGAUGCAUCAGAACAACUCCUAAUGUCUUGGAAAGACAGAUACGUAGAGAGUGCUAAAGUUAAAAAAGUUUUGACCGUGUCAAAUAUAUUUAACGCAUUGAGGAAAAAGAAUAUUGAUUUGAAGAAGAAAAUACAGGAGUGUGACAAACCCUCCGAAGAUGUUGUAGUUGAAAACAAAAUUGAAGACGGAACACUCGAGCAAUACAAUAACCUAGAGAGUACUGCUGGCAAGUUCAGCUCGGAGACCUUAGAUAAUGUUGUGGUUACCGCCAACAUGAAGAAAGAUGCUAAAGUCCUAUUGAAGAUGUACAAAAAGCUUCUGAAAUACAACGACAUGACACGGGUCAGUAAGAAGAAAAAGAAGAAAGACGUGUGAUCGAUAGGGCUGUGUCUGAGUUAUAAUUUUGAAGCUAACUUGAUGUGUAUUACUUGGUGCGCUGUUGUAUGUGUAGUUGUUUAAGUAAUAUGACAGUGGAAUGUUAAUAUGCUUUCAUGCUUACAUACAGACAUACAAAUAGGACAUUAAUUGUUUAGAGGUAUCGACACAAGGAAGAUCCUUCACAGAACAGGGGCAAUUGCUGUGCAUACUGACAGUACCUGUGUUGUUCUGAAUUUGUAUAUAUGUACACUGAUCAAGUGGAAGGGUGCCGAUGCGUUGGACCCACCAGAUCAAGUCGGCAGUUGGCGGCUGUUUGCAUGAGUGUACCAGGCUCACCACAAACCAUGAGGAGUGGCGA